AUUAUAUUAGUGGUCCUACCGGAUUUUAUGGGAUCAGCUGGGGUAAAUUAUGCGAAGAAUCUUUUGCGAGCAGCGAUUCUUGUUCAAUACGUUCCCAGGUUGUAUAGGUUUCUACCUUUGCUUGCUGGUCAGUCCCCAAGUGGCUUCAUAUUUGAGUCAGCAUGGGCAAAUUUUAUUAUAAAUCUCCUCACGUUUGUGUUAUCUGGCCACGUUGUGGGGUCAUGCUGGUACCUUUUUGGGCUACAG